AUGAAUCCAGUGAUGGUAGAGUCAGAAUUGCCAGAUCUCUUUCAUUAUUUGCGGGAAAAGUGCGCCGUCUCGAUAGCCAAGUCCGACCUCACCGCUCCUGGGUGCUACAAGGUGGAGGCAGCACUAAUGUACAUGGGGAUCGAGUACUUGGGAAGUAAUAACUCGAAAACCGGUGUCUCGAUUUUGCUCGGGAUUAUUUCGCGCUUGGCCAUCAUGAUGGGAUAUCAUCGCAGUACUCACCUGUACCAUCCUCCGCUGCGGCCUUUUGAAGUGGAGAUGCGACGUCGGUGUUGGUUAUUACUGUCAGUUACUGACUCUAUCGUAGCUUUACAGUCAGGGUUGCCUCGAGUAAUCUACCAAGGGCUUGGAGACUUUACUCGCCCACGCAAUCUGUUGUAUGAGGAUCUGGACCCCGCUAUGUCAAUCCUACCACCUUCACGGCCUGAAACAGAAACACCAAGCCGUAUCAUGUACAUGUUGGCGCUCGAUGAUAUGUUGUCAGUCGCCAAUGAAAUUACGGACAUAACUUCAAAGGGGGCCAUCACACCAGAGAGAACUAUUGGUCUGGACCAGGAGUUGAAGACUACGAGAGACCGUCUCCCUGGCGCACUGAGGAUGCCUCUUCUAACAAAAGCCCAAGAAGCCCAGAGUGACAUUACCAUCAUGCAGCACACUUUGGAGAUGAUCUACCAGCGUUCCCGCUGCAUCUUACAUCGCCAGUAUCUGGUAUCUCCGCAACCAACGGACAUCUACAGAGCCUUCCGUUGGGCGUGCGUCGACGCUGCGCGGUGCGUUCUUGAGUAUCAGUGCGAGCUCUUUCAAGAUGUUCUGCGUAGUCCAGGUAACAGACAGCGGGUGUGGUUUGGAGCAUCUCGCUCGGUUUCUGACUGUCUGACCGCUGCCAUGGUAAUAUGUCUGGACGUGAUCAAUGAGUCAAAGGCCGCUCAGCCCUUCUCCGAAAGUACACGGACUGAGCUCAUCCAAUUGCUUCAUAAAACCUAUCUGAGUCUGAAAGAUACUCCGCGACCGUCAGUCGGGAUUGCCAAGGCAGCCGAGCGAGUAGCUACCAUGCUGUAUCAGAUGGGCCACGCUGUGACAGAAGGAGAAUUACGGUGUUCCCAGCCUGCAGCAGCAGUGGCCAGCCAGCUUCCCAAUUCCCAGCUCGCAGAUCACACUGCAGCCCCAGAAGAGGGGGCUUCCUUUCCCUACACAGCUUUCGAGGACUUCCUCAAUGGCGACAAUCCGCUCGAGCUGUUUGACUGGGUAUGUCUUGUGUCACUCGUAUUUCAACCGUCUCGGACACCCUAG